GCAUGAAUUCUCUCUGUCCCAAAUCAAAACAAGUGGGACACAGCUUGCAUAGCUCUACCUAUAAUCACAUUACACAAUCACAUUACUGCUGCUCAGAAAAGAGGGAGGGGAACAAACAAGAGAUAGACAGCGAUUCAGAAAGGGAAAAAGAAAAGCAGGAGAGAGCUGUAAAACAGUGGACAGAAGGUUAAAAGGAAAUUCUGUUUUUGAAUGAUAAAAGUCCCACAGCAGGUGUAAGUUAACCAGCAGAAGAAUACCAUCACCUUCUGAAAGUGGUCACGGGGAACCUGGAGCCUAUCCCUGGAAGCAUCGGGCACAAGGCCUCUGAGCCGUCAUGCCCAUUCCCAUGGCAACGAGGACAGUAAUGAUGCUGGCUGUCAUCUUGAUGUUUUUGGCUUUGUCGCGUGCAAUGAGCAAUGAGUUGGACGAUUAUGGCACCUGGAACUAUAGAGAAGGAGCGGAGCACGUGAACGUGGCUAAUGUUCGGAGUGUGACGAGAGUUCUGGACACUUGGGGCAAACGCAUCUUUAACGAGAUCAAGACGCUGCUGCACUCCCAGCCCAAUACUCUCCUGCCUGACUACUCAAGAGUACGUCCGCUCUCAGAGUCCCUCAACGAUCUCUUCAGAGAAGUCUCCCACUUACAGAGGCGCAUCACAGACCUCAACAAUCGCCUAGCAACCUUGGAGCCCUUUCUCCGUCGUCAUGGCUACUACGAUGAAGACAAGGAGGCCACCAAAGGAGCCCCCCAGAGCCUAAAAGGUGUAGGCACGAGUCUGGCACAGUACCCACGCCGGUACAGGGUACGAGUGGCCCAGCCUGUGAACAGGGUGGUUCGAACCAGGAGAGUGAGGGUGUACAAGGAUGAAAACGGGAAGGUCAAAGUGAGGAAGAUAGAAAGAUAGAUAGAACGGAGAGACGAAGAUAUAUUAUAGACAAAUAUAUACAAAGAUAUUAAUAAUGAGCAAACAUUAUUAAGAAUGUAUUGAAUAUAAUCAGAAAUUUGUCCGUGUUGAAAUGUCAUUCUCAUAUCAACCUCAUAUAGUGAGUCACAUGCAUCAUAUAAAUUAUACCAGAGUAUGUUCUCUCUGCUGGCUGCACUAGCGUAAGCUCAGAUCUCAAAGGUCCAAUCAGAGUUCUCUGGUAGAGGAAACUUUAAGAGGCUUUCACUGGACUGUAACUAACACCUACAGCACUGAAAACUUCGCCUAGCCUGUUAACAGUCCCCUGGUGAUCUAACUUUUUGAUCAAGUUAAGAUUAAUUUUACAAACCUCAAAGAAAAUGUUCUGUUUGUAUAUUGGUAAGUUUGUUUGGACUUUUGGGAUCAGGAUUCAGGCUAACACAGAUGUGACACAGCUUCAGCUGAAUAAACUGCUUCUCAAUAAAUGUGUGCUGAAA